AACGGGGCGGGGUCCUGAGAGAAGACGGGGGGCGGAGCGAGGGGACAGGAAGCGGUGCGCUCUGGGUAUCUGCUCCCGGGCAUGCUCCGCUGGACCCGCGCCUGGAGUCUCCCCCUUGGGGGGCUCGGCCCCUGCUGUCUCAGCUCCUCCAGGGUGCCCGUCGCACCCAGCAGCAGUGGCCGAAGCGGCGUCGAGCCGAGGUCGGUACUGCUGUCCUACAAGCUUCUGGACGGAGAGGCGACCCGCCCGGCCCUAGUGUUCCUGCACGGGCUCUUCGGCUCCAAAACCAACUUCAACUCCAUCGCCAAGGCCCUGGCCCAUCAGACGGGCCGAAGGGUGCUUACGGUGGAUGCUCGGAACCAUGGUGACAGCCCCCACAGCCCAGACAUGAGCUACGAGGCCAUGAGCCAGGACCUGCAGGACCUCCUGCCCCAGCUGGGCCUUGUGCCCUGUGUCCUCAUUGGCCACAGCAUGGGAGGCAAGACAGCCAUGCUGCUAGCACUCCAGAGGCCAGAGCUGGUAGAACGCCUGAUUGCUGUGGACAUCAGCCCAGUGGAGACCACACCGAGCUCCAACUUCCCAUCCUACAUGGCGGCCAUGAGGGCUGUAGACAUCCCAGAUGAGGUGCCCCGCUCCUCUGCCCGAAAACUGGCCGACGAGCAGCUCAGCACUGUUAUCCAAGACAUGGCCGAGCGUCAGUUCUUGCUCACUAACCUGGUGGAGGUGGAUGGGCGCUUCGUGUGGAGGGUGAACUUGGAAGCAUUGGCCCAGCACGUGGACAAGAUCUUGGCUUUCCCACCACGACCAGAAUCUUACCCUGGGCCAACCCUCUUCCUCCUGGGUGGAAACUCUCAAUAUGUGCGCCCCAGCCACCACGCGGAGAUUAGGCGGCUCUUCCCUCAAGCCCAGAUGCAGACCGUGCCCAAUGCUGGCCACUGGAUCCACGCUGACUGCCCCCAGGACUUUGUGGCUGCCAUCCGAGGCUUCCUGGCCUAAGAGUUGCUGGCAAGAGGGGGCAGGAAACCCCAGGCUUCCAGGCCCUACGGCCCGCUCCAUGUUUCUGCACAAAAGGACUCAGCCCAGCUGGCAUUCCCACGCUACCUCCCAGGCCUCCACCUCCUGCCUCAGCCUCAGUUUCUCCUCCAGGACCUCCAGUAGCUGGGCCUCCACAGCGCGCAAUUUGGCUUUGCAUGUGUCCAGCUCGGCCUCCAGUGCGUGCUUCCUGCAUGUGGCGGGGAGAGCAGCUUGGACCCCGCACAUCUGCUGUGUGACCACAGCCCCCGCCGUGUGACAGGGUGAGAGCUUAUGUGGCUUUCCCUGCAGGAAUACUUGACUUCUCACCUCCUCUCCUCUAGCAGGACAAAGCCCUGAGGGUGAGCCACCCACUGCCCUCCCAGCCCCCAUCAGCAUCUGCCUCUCACUUGGCAAUGGCUUCAUCCCGCUCCUGGAGGACUUGGUCCAGCGAGGGCUCUGUCUGGGCAUCCCCCAGUGCUCCAGCCACUUGGGAUUCUGGGCUCUGUUGUAGGGUGACAGAGAAGGGAGCAGGGAUUAGAGCUUGUCUAGAUGAGGUGUCCCCCUUCUGGGCCCUUCUGCCCUUCCCUUGGCUCUGAUGCUAAUGUCAGCAGGGGAGGGGUCUGGAAAGUUCUGUUCCUGCCCCCCAGUACCCAUCUCCUGGACCUCUGAAAGUAGAGUAGGGGGACUGUGCCAUGCUGAGGGGUUGGCAGGUGUGGUCUCUGCCUGGGACAAGGGUAAACAGAGGGGACAGGGCGUGUGGACCCUCAAGGAGGAAAGAAGUUCUCACCUAAGCCACAGGAAAGAGACAAGGUGGGUUUCAGAAGGACACUUACCCCUCUAGGGCCCCGGACAGAGAGAGUGGCCUGGUGACUGGGACUCUUGUCAGUGGGGUGGGGCAGGCAGACAACAUAGCCCUUUGCCCUCCCUUCCGGACUAGGCACUCCCUGUCAGGCUCCGCCCCUGACUGGCUGGCCAGGCCCCUGCCUCCCCUCCUGGAUCCUGGAACCCUCCUGCCCUGCCCAGAGCUUCCUCAGCCCCAUUCCUGCACCGUCACACCUGUCCCUCACCCCAAGGGGGCGCUCUACCCAUGUCAGGAGAUGAGAAGGGAGGGACAGAGCCAGGACCAUCUUCAGUGCUGGACAGGUCGUCUAGGUAGCCCACGCCUCCCCCCCCCCCCCCCCCCAGUGCAUUCAUUGAGCACACCAGUGACAUCAAAGGUAUGAAAGAGAAUUUUCCCCAUUGAGAAGCCUCUUCGGCAAGGUCAUGUCUAGGGGAUUAGAUCCUCAACUCCACCCUAAACCGUAAAUAUUUCUCCCAGGAAACCCUGGCAGACACACCUCCUGGUUGCCCGUGGGUGCCACUGAGGCAUGGGUACCUCCAAGAGCCAGACCAACAAUUUGGUUGAGCCCCAGGUGAAGAGGUGGGGUUGAACCGUACCCCCAAAUACACCCUUUUGUUGAGGAGAUUGAUUGUGUUUUGAGAGGCCGAUCUGUGCCAUGAUCCUGACAGGGCCCAGGGACCUGGUCUCAGGGACCUCCGAGGCCAGCAGGGAUGAAACGUAGAUCUAAUCAGAAAAGAGUGGCGGGGGGUCCAGGAACAGUGGGAGCACGAAGGAGGUCACAGGAGGUCACACCCUGUCCGUCACAGGAAGUUCCCUAGGACCGUGUCCAAAAUGAACCCUGCAGGCCAGCAGGAGUCAGUCAGGAGAAAGGCAUUUCUUUUAACUUUUUAUUUCGAAACAAUUUCAAAACUGCUCUUCAGUGUCCAAAAAAAUAUCCUUUUAGGGUAAAAAAAAAAAAUCGAAUAUGGUAUCAAACAUUGUACCCAGUUGUCACAUCUCUCUGGUCCCCCUCGGUCUGGAACAAUUUGCAGCCUUUUUUUGAAUUUUGUGGCCUUGACGUUUUGAAGAUUACAGGGAAGUUAUUUUGUAGACCAUCCUCCAAUUUGGGCUUGUCCACGCCUUCCUUUGUGAUUAGACCACUGUUACCCAUUUUGGGCAGAGACAUCACAGAAAGGAUGCCGUGUUCUCCUAUCUGAUAUCGUUUGGAACCAUGACUGGUGGGAUCAAUGCUGAUCACUUGACCACGAUUAAUGAGCACCGGGGAAGGGAGGUAUUUUGAGACUAUGACACAUCCUUUCCUUUACCCCACUUUCACCCACAGGGUUCAGCAUCCAUCGAUGUUUCUUGCCCAGAUUAAUUAUUACUACAAUGAUUCGCAAAUGGGGGCGCCUGGGUGGCUCAGUCGGUUAAGCAUCUGACUCUUGAUUUCAGCUCAGUUCACGAUCUCAGGGUCCUGGGAUCGAGCCCUGUGUUGGGCUUGGGCUGAGUACAGAGCCUGCUUAAGAUUCUCUCUCUCCCGGACGCCAGGGUCGCUCAGUCGGUUAAGCGUCUGCCUUCGGCCCAGGUCAUGAUCCCAGAGUGCUGGGAUCAAGUCCCACGUCGGGCUCCCUGUUCAGCAGGAAGCCUGCUUCUCCCUCUGCCCUUCCCCCCUGCUCAUGAUCUCUCUUUCUCUCUCUCUCAAAUAAAUAAAAUCUUAAAAAAAAAAAAUUCUCUCUCUCCCUCUCCCCCUCCUCCCCCACCCCAUUCUCGCUCAUUCACUCUCAAAAAACUAAAUAAAAUAAAAAUCCUGUAAAAUAAAAA